AUGACACAUUAUAAUCAAGGACAAAGUUACGCAGCUCCAUCAAACGUUUAUGGCCAACAAGUUUAUGGAGGACAACAACAACAAUAUCAUCCUCCACCUCAAAGUCAAUCUAGUGUUCCUCCAUCAGGAGCAGACCCUCAACUAGAUUGGAAUGACAAAAUGGAAAUAGAAUUUUUCAGAGCAGUGAUUAAGUACAGGCCUAUUGGCAAGCAUCGACAUUUCCGUAUGUUGAAUGUCGCUAAAGAAUUUAAUGCAAACAGUCCUAUAAAAUGUUCUAUACCUGAAUUAUGGGAAAGGCUUCGUUUAUACUAUAAUCUACAGAAACUCGAAGAUUUGGAACAUGAAGUUGAAUUUCAUAACGAAAGUUUAUUUUCUGAGUUUAAUCUAAUCAUAAACGAUCAUGAGAGUUUGGUUCCUAGUGAAAACCGUAAAUCAGAAUCUUCUCGCGGUGAAUCACCUUCUAAAAAAAAACAGAUAAGAAAAUAA